UUUCCAUCUCUUACCUCUUCCUCACCCCCAAGGUUUAGGUUAACAUUUACUACCAUCCGCGGCGCACGUUAACUUACAACCAUGGAUCGGAAUGCCAUCUUCCUCACUGCAUUCAUCUGCAUUGUCUUCUCCUGUGUUGGCGGUCAAUCUCCCUCUUCCUCCCCCACAGCCACCCCUGCUCCACCCACCACCACCACUCCUCCUCCCACCGCUUCUCCACCACAAGUCACAUCCACUCCUCCGCCAGUCAGCUCACCACCACCAGUCGCUACUCCUCCUCCAGUAAGCUCACCACCACCAGCCACCCCUCCUCCUGUCGCUUCACCACCACCAGCCACUCCUCCUCCUGUUGCAUCACCACCGCCAGCCACUCCCCCUCCCGUCGCAUCACCACCACCAGCCACUCCACCUCCCGUCGCAUCACCACCACCUGCCCCCCUCGCCUCUCCCCCGGCUUCAGUCCCAGUCUCAUCUCCAACUGUAACUCCAACAGCCGCACCAUCUCCUUUAACUUUAAGCCCACCAGCACCACCCACCGGAGCUCCUUCUCCGUCCCUCGCUACCGAUCUAUCUCCGGCACCGUCUGCUACCGAUGUGAGCGGUGUAGAGAAGAUGGGAUCGAUGGUCGGGAGCAUGGUUUUCGGGUUGGCUCUCGUUUACUCGCUAUUCUAGAGAGACGGGUGGAUAUUUUUGUGGUGUCGGGUUUUAUAUAGUCUUGUUUGCAGUCAGCCGAUGGAUGAGAGCUUUUGCAUUGUAUUUGGAGUAGCUAUAUACAUUCUUUUGGGGGGAUGCUGUUUAUUGUAAUUUUUGAUUGUGAUAUUGUUGACUUCAUUACUACUACUAUUAUUAUUGUUUUCAUUUAUGCUUGCUUUCUUUCAA